AUCGCGGGGCUCAGGCCCGGCCCAGGAAGUGACUCGCAGCCGCUGCGGGGACUCUGGCUCCCGGCGAGAUCCCCGAGCCCCGGCGGCUGGUGCUGGGAGCCCGGAGCCCGGGCUGCAGCCGGGAGAGGGGAACCUCCAGCCGGGCCCUGCCCGCUGCUCCCCGGGAGCCUCUCCCAGGGCAGAGCCCCCAGCCCGGCCAGGGCCCCUUCCCGGCCCGGCCCCUGCCCCGGGGGGCCCCGCUCGGGGGGAAGGCUGAGGAAUCACGUCCACGUUUCACUCCAGAUCGUCCCAUCUUCCAAGGGACAGGAAAGGGAAAUGUCUGUGAUGGAGCUAGCUCAGAUGCCGGUGACCUUCGAGGAGGUGGCUGUGUAUUUCACCCAGGGGCAGGGGGCUCUGCUGGACCCCACUCAGAGAGCCCUCUACAGGGACAUCAUGCAGGAGAACUACGAGACGGUGACCUCGCUGGGAGUCCCAAUUCCCAAACCUGACCUGAUCGCCCGGCUGGAACGAGGGGAAGAGCCGUGGGUCCCAGAUCUCCAGGACUCCAAGGAAAGGGAGAACCCAAGAGGCACCCGCACAGGUGAGGAGUCAGGAAAACUGGCAGAGAAACCAUCAGCAGGUGAUAGGACAGUGAGUGAGAACAAGGAGGAGAAUCAGCAGCAGGAAGGUCCUGGGAAGGUGGAACCGCAGGAGACAUUUUUGAGAAGAGCUGAAGGGAAUUUUUCCCAGUGCUUGGAACAGGGUGAAGCCUGGGGAGAUCGACACAGAUCAGAGAUGCAGCUGGGAAACUAUCCCGGGAUGCAACUUGAUGAAUCCAUUCAACAUGGCGGAGGAUGCAAGGAUCCCAAGGAAACCACAGUCCAGCAGACAAGUCACAAUGAAGAGAAACCCUACAAAUGCCUUGACUGUGGGAAAAGAUUCCGUUUCAGUGCAAAACUUAGUACACAUCAGAGAACCCACACAGGAGGGAAGCCCUAUAAAUGCCUGGACUGUGGGAAAAGCUUCAGUGAGAAGCCAAGUCUUAUUAUACACCAGAGACUGCACACAGGAAAGAGACCCAAAACAUGCCUUGACAAUGGAAAAAGUUUUACCAAAAGUUCAUCCCUUAUUAAAAAUGCAAGAAUCCACACAGGAGAGAGACCCUAUAAAUGCCUUGAGUGUGGGAAAAGUUUCAGUUUGAAAUCAACUCUUAACACGCAUCAGAAAACCCACAAGGGAGAGAAACCCCAUAAAUGUUUGCACUGUGGGAAAACUUUCCGUCAGAACUCAUACCUUAUUGAACAUAGGAGAAUCCACACAGGAGAGAGACCGUAUAAAUGCCUUGAGUGUGGGAAAAAUUUCAUUUGUCGUUCACACCUUACUAAACAUAGGAGAAUCCACACGGGUGCCAAACCCUAUAAAUGCCUCGACUGUGGGAAAAGUUUCAUUGACAAUACAAAACUUAUUAGACAUCAGGCAAUCCACACAGGAGAGAGACCUCAUAAAUGCUUGGACUGUGGGAAAAGCUUCAUUCAGAAGAUACACCUUAUUACACACCAGAGACUGCACACAGGAGAGAGACCCUAUACAUGCCUUGAGUGUGGGAAAAGUUUCAAUUUGAAAUCAACCCUUAAAACACAUCAGAAAACCCACACGGGAGAGAAACCCCAUAAAUGCUUGGACUGUGGGAAAACUUUCGGUCAGCACUCACAGCUUACUAAACAUAGGAGAAUCCAUACAGGAGAGAGACCAUACAAAUGCUUUGGGUGUGGGAAAAAUUUCAUUAGCCGCUCACACCUUAUUAAGCAUCAGAGAAUCCACACACGUGCCAAACCCUAUAAAUGCCUCGACUGUGGGAAAAGUUUUGUUGACAGAACAAAACUUACUAGACAUCAGGCAAUCCACACAGGAGAGAGACCCCAUAAAUGUUUAGACUGUGGGAAAAGCUUCAGUAAGAAGUCAAACUUUAUUAGGCACCAGAGACUGCACACAGGAGAAAAACCCUAUAAAUGCCUUGAGUGUGGGAAAAGUUUUAGUCAAACUUCAAACCUUAUUGCACAUCAGAGGACCCACACAGGAGAGAGACCCUAUAAAUGCCUUGAGUGUGGGAAAAGUUUCAGUUUGAAAUCAACCCUUAAUACACAUCAGAAAACCCACACAGGCGAGAAAACCCAUAAAUGCCUUGACUGUGGGAAAACUUUCAGUCAGAGCUCACAGCUUACUAAACAUGGGAGAAUCCACACAGGAGAGAGACCGUAUAAAUGUCUUGACUGUGGGAAAGAUUUUAAGGAAGGUUCAUCCCUUACUAAACAUAGGAGAAUCCACACAGGAGAAACACCUUACAAGUGCUCUGAGUGUGGGAAAAGUUUUAGUCAGAGCUCACACCUUAUUGCACAUCAGAGAAUCCACACCGGAUUACGACCCUAUAAAUGCCCUGAGUGUGGGAAAAGUUUCAUUUGCCGUUCAAACCUUAUUAAGCAUCAGAGAAUCCACACCGGUGAGAAAUCCUAUAAAUGCCUUGAUUGUGGGAAAAGUUUUCUUGACAGAACAAAACUUAUUACACAUCAGGCAACCCAUACAGGAGACAGACCCCAUAAAUGCUUGGACUGUGGGAAAAACUUCAUUCAGAAGUCACAACUUAUUAGACACCAGAGAGUGCAUACAGGAGAGAGACCCUUUAAAUGCCUUGACUGUGGGAAAACUUUCAGGCAGCACACACACCUUAUUACUCAUCAGAGAAUCCACACAGGCGACAAACCCUACAAAUGCCUUGACUGUGGGAAAAGUUUUGUUUACAGAACAAAACUUAGUAAUCAUCAGAAAACCCACACGGGAGAAAAACCCCAUAAAUGCCUGGACUGUGGGAAAAAAUUCAGUCAGCGCUCAUACCUUACUCGACAUGGGAGAAUCCACAUGAGGGAGAGACCUUAUAAAUGCCUUGAGUGUGGGAAAAGCUUCAGUAAGAGCUCAGAGCUCACCAAACAUCAGAAGAUCCACAAGGGUGAGAGACCCCAGAAAUAGCCUGACUGCUGGAAAAGAUUCAAUUUGACUUCACACUUCAGUGAUCCACAAAACAGAGAGCUUGAAUGUGGGAGAAGCUUCAUUUGGUGCUCCCGGAGUAUCAGGCAUCUGAAAAUCCACACAGGGAAAAAACCUCUCCGAUGUUCUCAGUGUGGAAAAUGCUCCAAGUGGAGCUCCGCUGCGGGGACUCUGGCUCCCGGCGAGAUCCCCGCGCCCCGGCGGCUGGUGCUGGGAGCCCGGAGCCCGGGCUGCAGCCGGGAGAGGGGAACCUCCAGCCGGGCCCUGCCCGCUGCUCCCCGGGAGCCUCUCCCAGGGCAGAGCCCCCAGCCCCCUUCCCGGCCCGGCCCCUGCCCCGGGGGGCCCCGCUCGGGGGGAAGGCUGAGGAAUCACAUCCAUAUUUCUCUCCAGAUCGGCCUGUCUUCCAGGAGACAGGGAAGGGAAAUGUCUGUGAUGGAGCCAGCUCAGGGACCGGUGACCUUCGAGGAGGUGGCUGUUUAUUUCACUCAGGGGCAGGGGGCUCUGCUGGACCCCGCUCAGAGAGCCCUCUACAGGGAUGUCAUGCAGGAGAACUACAAGACGGUGACCUCGCUGGGAUUCCCCCUUCCCAAACCUGAGCUGAUCUCCCACCUGGAAAGAGGGGAAGAGCCAUGGGUCCCGGAUCUCCAGGUCUCCGAGGAAAGAGAGAGCCUGAGAGGCACCCGCACAGCAGGUGCUGAGCGAGUGAGUGAGAAGGAGGAGGGGAAUCCUCAUCAGGAAGUGCUUGGGGAAGUGGAACCACAGGGGACCUUUGUGGGAAGAGCUGAAGGGAUUUUUUCCCAGUGCAGGGAACAAGGAGAAGCCUGGGGAAAUUGGCACAGGUCAGAGAACCUUCAGGGACACCAUCCAAGGAAAAAACUGGAUGAAUCUAUUAAAUGUGGGGGAGGAGACAAGGAUCCCACAACCCAGCAGACAAAUCCCAAGGAAGAGAAACCCUGUCACUGCCUGCAGUGUGGGAAAGGAUUCAUUCCGAGAUCACAGCUUCUUACACAUCAGACAAUCCAUAAUGGAGGGAAACCCCUUCAAUGCUUGGACUGUGGGGAAAGCUUCAAGAAUCGCUCAAACCUGACUAACCAUGGGAGAAGCCACACAGUAGAGAGAGCCUCUCAAUGUCUCAAGUGUGGAAAAUGUUUCAUUUGGAAGUCAGAACUACUUAGACAUCAGUUAAGUCACACAGGAGAGAGACCCUAUAAGUGCUUUGACUGUCUGAAAAGUUUCAUACAGAGGUCAGACCUUCUUAAACAUCAGGCAAUCCACACAGGAGAGAGACCCCAUAAGUGCUUCGACUGUGGGAAAAGUUUCAUACAGAGGUCAGACCUUUUUAAUCAUCAGGCAAUCCACACAGGAGAGAGACCCCAUAAGUGCUUGGACUGUGGGAAAAGUUUCAUACGGAGGUCAGACCUUACUCAUCAUCAGAGAAUCCACACAGGAGAGAGACCUCACAAGUGCUUGGACUGUGGGAAAAGUUUUAUACGGAGGUCAGACCUUAUUCAACAUCAGAAAAUCCACACAGGAGAGAGACCUCACAAGUGCCUGGACUGUGGGAAAAGUUUCAGACGGAGGUCAGCUCUUUUUAAACAUCAGGCAUUACACACAGGAGAGGGAUCCCAUAAGUGUUUAGUCUGUGGAAAAAGUUUUGUAUGGAGGUCAGACCUUGUUAAACAUCAGGUAUUCCACAUAGGAGAGAGACACCAUAAAUGUUUAGACUGUGGAAAAAGAUUCAUACGGAGGUCAGACCUUGUUAAACAUCAGGCCAUCCACACAGGAGAGAGACCCCAUAAGUGUGUGGACUGUGGAAAAAGUUUCAUACAGAGGUCAGAUCUUCUUAAACAUCAAAUAAUCCACACAGGAGAGAGACCCCACAAGUGUUUAGUCUGUGGAAAAGGUUUCAUAUGGAGGUCACGCCUUGUUAAACGUCAGAGAAUCCACACAGGAGAAAGACCCCACCAGUGCUUGGACUGUGUGGAAAUUUCACACAGAGAUCACACCUCAUUAAUCAUGAGAGACUCCACACAGGAUCUAAAGUUCUCUGACACAGCAACAGAAAGUGUUAAGGAAAUUGCACAUCAUUGACCUAGAUUCAACCUUUAGAGACAUGUUAGAAAAGUCCUCGUUAGAUAAACUAGAGCUUCGAAAGGUAAACGUGUAUUGUUAAAGACAUGGAAGAAGAUGGUAACUGUAGUAGUCGUUGUUUAGCCAUAUCUGAUUAGAGGUUAACAAUGGUAAUAAACGGUUCCUGUCCAGGGCUGUAUUCUGUGAAUUCAAAGAUCAAAAGGGAAUAUUAACAUUUAGAUAAAACUUGAUUGUUAUAAUGUUAUUGUUUGUCUUCUGAAAGUUUGUGAUAAACUGUCUAUGAACUGCUUUAUUGAGAAUUACCUGAUGUUAAUCUAUGUAAUUACCAGUGAUGAUUAGGAAAUAGAAGGUUACUUCAAAAGCCUCUUGUUUAGCCAAGGACUGUGUGCUGUCAAGAUGCUGCAAAAAUGAUCCUUUCUUCUCUGAUCUACCUAAGCUUUAUUUGGUGGGGAGUGUGAGUCGGAAGACGGAGAUCUCCAGUCCCAUCUGGACCGCCCUGACGUUGAAAUUUGGAUAUUGGACUAUAACUUGAUGAAAUGAUUCUGAAAAGGACUCUUUGCAAUUCUAAAGCAUCAUCCCUACAGUGAAACUGACCUAAGGACUCUAUGCGUGGCUGUAUGUACAAUGAUCUUUUCACCAACGCUCUCUCUUUUCUUCUUUUAAUAAAUCUUAGUUGAGUUAAUAAGAA